CCAAAACGAUCUCAGAUUCUGGAGCACCGGAAGAAAAAAAAAAAAAAAAAAGAAAGCUCAGACGCCGCCAUUACAGAUGGAAUUUUGACAUGUCCAGCUUAAUCCGAAACCAGCACUCGAGAGGAUCUCUUGAUAAACAAGAAGUGGUCUGAGACUGAAUCGGACAAACUCGGUGAGUCAACAAUGUUUGCUCUUCUCUGUUCAAGACAGCUUCUCUUAACCAAAAGUAGGAGGUCCGAACUUGCGCUUUUUCAGCAAAAUGCUUUCUUUAUUCUAAAAUCAUUCACAUCUAUAGGAUUAUUGGAAUCUAAUGAACCACAACAAGAAGAAAAACAUUCUUUUAGAAUGUCUUACCUCAUAAACUCAUGCGGGUUGUCCCCAAAAUCUGCUACUUUAGCAUCCCAGAAAAUGAACUUCGUGAACCCAGAGAAACCAGACUCAGUGCUUAAUCUUCUCAAAGAGAAUGGAUUCACCAAUACCCAGAUCUCCAAACUUGUCAGGACACAUCCACUGUUGCUUUUAUAUGAUCCUGAGAAGACCCUUUUGCCCAAGAUUGAGUUUUUCCUUUCUUUGGGGGUUUCGAGCUCUGACCUCGCUGGGAUCCUCUCUUCAACCCCAUUUUUGUUCACGAGAAGCUUAAAGAAACACCUAAUCCCCUGCUAUGAUUUCCUCAAGAGUGUACUUCUAGUCGAGGAGAAAGUCCUUACAACUUUGAAGCGCUCACCACGGGCUUUUCUAUAUAAUGUGACAAAUAAUAUGGCUCCAAACAUUGCACUUUUGAGACAACUUGGAGUGCCUCAAUCUUACAUUUCUUUCUUGGUAAUUAAUUAUUCCUCUCAAGCGUUCACUACGCAUACUAGGUUUGUUGAGGCUGUCCACCAGGUUAUGGAAAUGGGAUUCAAUCCCUUGAAAAUGGUCUUUGUCCAUGCAAUCCAAGUGUUAUUGAAGAUGAGCAAACCGAAGUUGGAGUCAAAGUUGGAGCUCUAUAAGAGGUGGGGUUGGUCAAAGGACAUGGCCCUCUUAGCAUUUAAAAGGAAUCCAAUUUGUAUGCUUUUAUCGGAAGAGACGAUCACGAAAGCUAUGGACUUCCUUGUGAACGAAAUGGGUUGGCCAUCUGCUAAUAUUGCUAUGAAUCCUGCAGUUCUAUUAUUCAGCUUGGAGAAGAGGAUAAUGCCUAGGUUUUCAGUUAUUCAGAUUUUAGUAGCCAAGGAUUUGAUCAAGAAUGAGUUGUCCUUGUCGACUAUCUUAAUACCUAAAGAGAGGAGGUUUUUGGAAAAGUUUGUGAUCAAAUUUCAGAACGAUAUUCCUCAAUUGUUGAAUGUAUAUCAGGGUAAGAUGGAUCUUCUGGAGGUAGGGAGUCGAUCAGAGAAGGUUGUAUAAAGGUAAAAGCUGAUAGGGAUGAGUCUUCACCACAUGCUGCCAUGCUUGCAACGCAGGAUGUAGCACACAGAUGCAAGGAACUUGACAUCACUGCUCUUCAUAUCAAGCUCCAUGCUACUGGAGGAAAUAAAACCAAGACUCCAGGUCCUGGUGCUCAGUCUGCCCUCCGGGCCCUUGCUCGCUCUGCAGGCUCGUUGUCGAAUCCAAUCGUCCUAUCAUUCAGCUUUGGUGCUGGCGAUGCGGUUGCUUGGUUAUUUCCUGGAAGGCUUAUUAGUUGUUGGAACAUUUUUGUAGUUUUUGGUGAUGGUUCUUUAUAUCAAGCAUAAUGAUAAUGUACAAUCAAAAGGGUGUGAGAUUAUCUAUGGCAUUUGUGUUCGCAUAAAUAAAUUAUGUUUAUGACUA